GAAUGCAUCGGAUGCACUUUUAGGCAGUCAAAACAAAACAAAAAUGACCGAAACGCUGGAAGACUGCUUGACUUGCCAGAGAAAAACUGAAAAUUACCUUCGAAUAACGGACGAAACCAGUGUAGAGGAUGUCGAGGCUAUCCUCAGAAGGCACUUUUGGUUCAAGGUCAACGAGUAUGAACAUCGGGUCCUUUGUACCAGCUGUUGGGAGAAGAUUGAAGAUUUCCACAAAUUCUACUGUGAAGUUGAACAGCUUUGGGAUCGGGAGCAUUUGUUGGAAGCCGUCAUCAAGACGGAACAACUGUUUGAUGAAAACGAACAUCAACAGCAACUGUUUGCGUGUGAAUUGCUCAAAACAGAGGAUGUUCCAAUGAAACAGAGUUUUGAGAUACAAAGUAAUGAGGAUUCGGAUGAUGACGUAAAUUGUGAGAAUCUUAAUGAUCAGGAUGAAAUAGAGGGUCGAAUUAGUAUGGAUGGAUUGGAUGCUGAGGUCAAGAACGAGUCAGGAACGUCUGACGAUUCAGAAGAGAAUUCAACUGUUCCCAUAGCUGAGAGAUGUAGAUCUACUAGACGGAAAUCUUCAACUAAGUUUAGUAGCGAACCGAUUCGUAAAAAGCGACAUGUUAACUCUCAGAGAAAGAUGAAUCUCGAACGGAAUGAAUUAAUAGCAACAUAUGUCCAACUUAAAUGUGAUGCAUGUGAUCAUAGAUCAACAACAUUUUCUCGAUUAUUGUUGCACUAUAGAAAAAUACAUCACAUACAGGGUUACGUUACAUGUUGUGAACGUAGCUUUCAAAAGAAAUCUAGUUUGUUUGAGCACGUGUGCAAACAUGAAUCCGGCAGUCACGAUAAGGAUGAUUCGCCAUUCCAGUGUGAAUUGUGUGAACCAGUGAGAAGUUUUAAGGAUGAAGAGGGUUUGCAAUUGCACAAAGUGGUAUGCCAUACGAUUGAGUCGGAGAAAAAGUACAAGUGUGAUCAAUGCGAGAAGGCUUUUGCUAGCGAGUGGCAACUCUCCGGUCACAAAAAUUGGCAUCAAAAUGUAGAGAGUUUGAAUAUUUAUUGUGAUAAAUGUAACAAAUAUUUUAAUUCAGUCCGUACAUUAAACACUCACAUGCGAGCGCAUCAUUCAGAAACGAUGGUAAUCUUUUCAACGCCAGCCACAACGGUGGAUUGUGAGACGAAGAUUACCGCUGACUCAAACAUUCCGGAGCCGAUAAUUACUAGUACAGAACAUCCGCCAGCUACAACAAUUCCAGAGUAUUCUUCGCCAACGUCACGUGUUGUAUCCGCGCCACCUAGGAAAACACUGAAAACCGCUGGAGAAAUCGCCGAACAGGAUGAAAUCAUACGACGGUUUUGUACUCUCAUAUGCGAAAAGUGUGAAUUUGUUGGUAAAAGCUACUAUCAACUGGAGAAACAUUACAAAACCGAGCACGACAUGCGCGGGUACGCUGUCUGCUGUGGGCGCAAGUUUUGCAAGAAGCGAAGGUUGUUCGAACACUGCCAGCGGCACAUCAAUCCGGAUAUGUUCCGUUGUGAGCUUUGCAACAAGUCUUUCACCGAGAGCGACGGAUUGGAGAAACAUAACAAAUGGGUGCACACGCCGGACUCGGAAAAGCCCUUCAAAUGUGAGAUAUGCGAUGCUGCCUUCUACAAGGACUAUUUGCUACGAAACCAUAUGAAGUAUCACAUUUCUAUGGAGCAGAAAAUCUUCAACUGCAAAGAUUGUGAUAAAUCAUUUGGUACUGCCGUCCUCCUGCGGGCUCACCAGCAAAACAUACACGGAGCCGCUUCUAGUUGGGUAUGUGACAUAUGUGCCAAAGGGUUCGUCCAUAAAUCACUUCUGGAGAACCAUCGUCUUUCGCACUCGGAAGAAGGAGCAGCAAGUUUGAAGAAGCAGUGCGAACACUGUAAGAAGUGGCUCAAGAAUAAGGAUACGUACAUGAAUCAUCUAAAGCGAUGUCUAGCCGGUGGUCCGGUUACGUGCGAUAUUUGUGGAAAAGAAGCGGUAAACGAGCUAGCCUUAGCCAGCCAUAAGCGGUUCAACCACGAGGAACGGCCGUCAUUUGCUUGCAGUUACUGUGGUAAACAAUUUAAGCGUAUUUUGCGGUUGAAGGAGCACGAGGCGAACCACCGCGGGGAGGUCCUGUAUUCGUGCCCAUACUGUCCACGAACGUGUAAUUCGAGUUCGAACAUGUACACCCACAAAAAGGUGGCCCAUCCUGAGCUUUGGGCGGCUAAAGUCGCGGACCGGUUUUAUAAGCGAUAAAUUGUGGUCUAUGUUUAAAU